UUAGCCGCAGUGAGGCCCCGCCCUUCUGGAACGCCAGAGGCGAAUCAGGUGACUGAGGUGGUGGCUGGUUCCGGAGACCGAGGCAGGCGGCAGUUCCGCGGGAGUUGGAAGGGCUUCCAAAGCCCAACAUAUAAAGCUGGUAAAAGCAGAGCAGAUCUGGUCAGGUCCUGAGACGCUGAGUCCAGAGCGAUGUUGCUGAAGACAGUGCUCUUGCUGGCCUUGGUGGCCCAGGUGCUGGUUCUGGAGAAUGGGCUCCUGCGGAGGCCACCCAUGGGCUGGCUGGCCUGGGAACGCUUCCGCUGCAACACUGACUGUAACGAGGACCCAAAGAACUGCAUCAGUGAGCGGCUCUUCAUGGAGAUGGCUGACCGGCUGGCACAGGAUGGAUGGCGGGACCUGGGCUACGUAUACCUUAACAUCGAUGACUGCUGGAUUGGUGGACGUGACGCCAAAGGCAACCUGGUGCCUGAUCCCAAGCGCUUCCCCAACGGCAUGGCCUUCCUGGCAGACUAUGCUCAUUCCCUGGGCCUGAAGCUGGGCAUCUACGGGGACAUGGGCAACUUCACCUGCAUGGGUUACCCAGGCACCACGCUAGACAAGGUGGUCCAGGAUGCUCAAACCUUCGCCAAGUGGAAGGUGGACAUGCUGAAGCUGGAUGGCUGCUUCUCAACCCCCGAGGAACGGGCCGAGGGGUACCCCAAGAUGGCUGCUGCCCUGAAUGCCACAGGCCGCCCCAUCGCCUUCUCCUGCAGUUGGCCAGCCUACGAAGGGGGCCUCCCCCCACAGGUGAACUACACUCUGCUGGCGGACAUCUGCAACCUCUGGCGCAACUAUGACGACAUCCAGGACUCCUGGAGGAGCGUGCUCUCCAUCCUGGACUGGUUUGUGACCCACCAGGACAUUCUGCAGCCGGUGGCAGGCCCUGGGCACUGGAACGACCCAGACAUGUUGCUCAUUGGGAACUUUGGCCUCAGCUUCGAGCAAGCCCGGGCCCAGAUGGCCCUGUGGACGGUGCUGGCGGCCCCCCUCUUCAUGUCCACGGACCUGCGUACCAUCUCCGCCCAGAACAUGGACAUUCUGCAGAAUCCACUCAUGAUCAAAAUCAACCAGGAUCCCUUAGGCAUCCAAGGACGCAGGAUUCUCAAGGAGAAAUCCCACAUUGAAGUGUACGUGCGGCCCCUGGCCAAUGAGGCCAGCGCCAUAGUCUUCUUCAGCCGCAGGACAGAUAUGCCGUAUCACUACUGGACCUCCCUCGCCCGGCUGAACUUCUCCAGCUCCAAGGUGUAUGAGGCCCAGAACGUCUACACGGGUGACAUCAUCAGUGGCCUCCAGGAUAAAACCAACUUCACAUUGAUCAUCAACCCUUCCGGGGUGGUGAUGUGGUACCUGUAUCCUAUCAGGAAGCUGGGGACGCCCCAGCAGUGAGGAGCUGGGACGUGUGACAGGCUGUGGCAGCACCACUGAGCCCAGACCACGGAGGUUCCACGUGCUGAGGGCCAGUAGGUGGGGUCCUCUGCUACCCAUCAGACCCAAAGUGCAAUCUCAGGGCCAGGUUCUACGCCCUGCACAAGUGUGAACUCUCUUGGAAACUUGUCUUCGGGAGACUUCCUGUGGCCUUUCUGGCCUCUACCUCAUCUGUACAGCCCCACGGAUGUUGCUGAACAACUCAGCCAGCCUCCUCAGCCCCCAUAGGCAGAGGCACCGAUACUUGUCAGGAUUCUAGUCUCUGACCUUCUUUUUACUGACUCUGAAAUCAGGAUUUGGAAUUUUCUUAAAAUUAGGAGUGGAGCUCUGACCUCUUUUCGGGAAAUCCCAUGAAUUAUAUGAUUGACUUUCCUGCCCGGAGAAGGCCUUACAGGCUGACACUGCCUGAGAGUGACCUUGGUUCCUUCGGGUCACCAAUAAAGCUAUUCUUUAGUCAA